GCUGUGUUUAUGUGCAGUGGAGGUAAAUUUUGGUUGGUUUAAAAAUAAAUUUGUGAAGAUAAUUUUAAGGAUUUUCCAUAAUCAUACAGAGCCACCACCAUGGCUCCCCUCUCUCUCAAGAUAGUGCAGGACGGUGGCGCCAUCACGCGGACGGUGCUGUUUGACACCACGACGCGAGUCCGUGACGCGCUCGAGAUCGUCAAGGAAAAGCUUAUCAUUGACGAUAACGGCAAAGAUUAUGGUUUAUUCCUGACAUCAGCUGACGACGAGUUGUCUGGCGUGUGGCUGGAGGGCCACCGUCCUCUGGACUACUACAUGCUGCGCGACGGGGACUCCCUGCUAUACCUCUGCAGGAACCGGAACCUCAGGGUCAGGAUGUUAGAUGGUUCAGUAAAGACGAUGCAAAUAGACGAGUCCAAAUGUGUUGGUGAUUUGAUGAUGGUGAUAUGUGACAAGAUUGGUAUCACCAACCACGAUGAAUACGGAUUGUGUUUUGAGCAAGUGGAGCAAAUACAAGAAGAGAAGCCGGUCACCGGCACUCUCACUCUCAAGAGGAAGCAACAGACGAGAGAGAAGGACGCCCAGAUGGAACAGCUCAGCAAGAAACUCAAAACUGACGACAAUGUGGAGUGGUUAGAGCAGCACAAGACGCUGCGUGAGAUAGGAGUGGACGCGCAGCAGACGCUGUUGCUGAAGCGGCGGCUGUUCUACUCCGACCGGAAUGUGGACGCCCGCGACCCUGUGCAGCUCAACUUGCUGUAUGUGCAGACAAGAGACGCUGUAUUGGAUGGUCGACAAGUCCUGACUGAGGAAAAAGCAAUCGAGUUUGCUGGCAUACAAUGUCAAGUGCAGUAUGGUGAUUUCCAAGAAGAUAAACACAAGCCUGGUUUCCUUGAGAAUUUGAAAGAAUUCCUACCGGAGCAGUACGCUGGGUCGUGGGGGGCGGAGCGCAAGGUGCUGAAAGAGUACAGCAAACACCACGGCCUCAGUCCUCUUGAGGCAAAGCAUCUUUACACCCAGAAUGCUAGAGAACUGCCCACGUAUGGAGUCACCUUCUUCUUGGUUAAGGAGCAACAAAAAGGUAAAAAGAAGUUGGUCCCUCGUCUGCUGGGAAUCAACGCGGAGUCGAUCCUGCGGCUGGAUGAGGUCACGAAGGAGAUCCUGCAGGUGUGGAAGCUGACGCAGGUGAAGACCUUCAAAGCUGGAAAGGAGAUGUUCACCCUGGACUUUGGAGACUACAGUGACAAACAGUACACAGUUAAGACGAACGAGGCGCAGCGCAUCCGCGACAUCCUGCAGGGCUACAUCGACAUCGUGCACCGCGCGCUCGCCGCCCCCUACAACCCCAUCAGUUACGAGGGGGAGGUUAUCUGCGAAGAUAACGUACAGUCUUCUAAGGGUCAUAUAAUCCAAAAUGUAGUUCCAAUGAAAGUGGUCGAGCAAUCUUAUGUAGGACCGAGCAAACUUAUACCUUAUGCACAAGGAACGGAAGCACAACAAGGCACGCAAGUUAUGACGGUGCAACAAAUAAUUUCAACUAAUAAGGUUGCUACACAACAAAAAGGUGUUUCUGGACAGACGGGAGUCUUUGGAAAUAAUUCUAUGGAAUAUCUAAAGAAACUUAACCGCAUUAACACUUAUUCUGUAGAGAUGGUAGCAUUUCUAACAGAUCCUCAUUUCAAGCAGGUGGAUAAAGUGAAGAAAGUGCAAGCAUUAUCUACAAUUAUUGAAGAAGAUAUGAAUAACAUAAUUGAAGGUGUGCACAAGAGCGUUGAGAACGACAACGAGGAAGUGAGAAGAAAGAUUCUAUCAGAACUGGACGAGCUAUGCGCGAGUUUCAAAGAUUUUAUAGAUACGUCGCAUGAGAAAGACUUUGGAACGCUGGAGAGUUUGGACGAGGCGCAGAAUGCAGCAGAGAAGAUCGUGGGGCACGGCACACAGUUGUACUGCUCCCUAGAUCCUGGCAUUAAGCGACGUAGCAGGAUAUUGAGGCGUUCUCACAAGAGUUUCAUUGAAGACGAUAAGACGGAAGCUACGUUGCGCCGCGCGUCUUUCCUCGCCGCCGCCGCACACGCCUGCAAAGCUGUGGAUGGCGCCAAAAAUGCUUUGGAUAUGACGUUCGAGGGUUCAAUCCCAGAAGGCGAGGAGGUGUGCGAGCUGGAGCUGGCAGCUCGCCAGAAGGUCGGCAAGCUGAGUGCGGCUGUGGCUAUCUUGAUGUCCGCACAGACUGAUCCGGACAACCUGGACUACACAGCGGCCAUCACUUCUAUGACAACGAUUGAUGAAUUAUUACCGGAGUUAAUUCAAGAUGUGAAGGGUCUGGGCAGCGUGAAGGACGACAGGUCCCGCAUCUCCUUGCUGAGCAAGGUCCGCGCGCUCUGCGACGCCACCAGGAACAUCUGCGCCAUGACUGGAGAUGAGGAUAAGGAGAAGAUGCAAGAUUUGGCCCUUAAGUACGCGAAGUCUUCCGACAAAUUAAUCUUCACGUUGGGUCGGGGCUCCGUGCCUGAUAAGGAAAAUCAGGUGAUGGAUCUGAGCCGUGACGUGGGCGCUAAGAGCGCGCUGCUGGUGCAGCGUGCGGGGGAGCUGGCGCGGCUGGCGGGGGGCCCGCGCGCGCCCGCACUGCUGGCUAGCGCCGCGCGCUGCGGGGACCGCUCCGACAUACUGCUCGCCUGUGCACAGCUGACAGCGCCAUCUAUAACGGAGCCGCAUUGCCAGAGCGCGAUGUCUGCGGGCGCGGCGGCGCUGGCGGCGGCCGCGCAGCGCCUUGCCCUCGCCUGGAAGCCGCUCGUAGAGCAGCCGGGCUGCGCCAUCUAUGAUGAGACAUUGCAAACUCUCUGCUUAGAUUUAAUGAAAGCCUUGGAUAGAUUGAAACAAGCUUAUACUGAUCUUUCAGAAGAAAGCAGUCAAGAUAAUGAUGAAGUAAAACAGAGAGAUCGUCUCAAGUUCAUUGCCAGUGUCAAAGAUACUAUAAGUAAAAUAUCCGAAACACAAAAGGAAUUAGACAAGCCUUGUCCAGUUAGUUCUGGAGACAAUAAGGAGCUGGAACGUCUGUUAGGACAACGACUGGCUUUGUUAAACUCCUACAUCGCCAGUCUCAUAAGAGCUAUUGCUGACAAGGAGAAUCCAGAUUACGCAACAGCAGAAGAGGCAGUUGCCUUGGUGUCAGAUUUAAUACCAGAUUUAGUACGAGAUAUGAAAACAAUUAGUGGGACGAAAGACGAAAAGACAGGACGAGCGCAAGUGAACGAGACUCGGGCACUGCUUGAUGCUAUCAAAGACGUUUGUGCGACCACUGAGGAUAAUACGAUGCAGGAGACGAAUGGUGCGUCGUCAAACUUCGCCCGACAUUCCUCAAAGUUGUGCUACGCUUUUAUACCUCGAACUGAUCCCAGGAAAGAGAAUAUGAUGAUAGAUUUAGCAAAGAAGACUUGUGAGCAAGCAUCUGAGCUGCUGACGCACGUAAACCAGGCGGUGGACGAGGUGGAGGAGGGGCAGCUGCUGGACGCGCAGGGAGCCCGGCUGGUGGACGUCGUGCAGGCGCUGCUCACCACCGCACAGAUAACAGCGUCAUCUUUCGCCGACGCUCGGUGUCAGUCAACAUUGCUGGGCGUGGCCGACGACGUGUCGUCAGCAAGCCAGCGACUGGCCGAGACUUGGGCGCCGCUGGUCCGCGGCCCAGCGCAUCAACAAUUACGACAAAAUCUACAUAAAGGACAAGCAGAUCUGGAAACCGCACUUAACAAUUUAAGAGCUGUUUGCCAGAAAUUUGGUGAAGAAAAUAAUAAAUCCCAGGAUCCAAAAUCAGAAGAGAAGGAAAGAGAACGAUUGAGGUUCGUCGCGACGAUGACAUCUACAAAGAAUAAAAUAUUAGACGCAGAAAAGAUGUUAGAAAAGCCAAUAAACGACAUUGUAUCUGAAGACAAGACAGUUGUACAAAGCAGACUGGCAGACCAACUGGCACAGCUCAAUGCUGCAAUAGCAGCACUUGUCCGUGCUACUAAUGAUUCCAAUAAUGUAGAUUAUAAUGCAGCAGAACAAAGUAUUGCCAAAAUUUCCCAACUGCUGCCAGAUGUUAUUAACGAAACACAUUCACUAAGCAAUGUGAACGACGAUGUCUCUCAGCGCGCGAUGUUGCGCGAACUGCAGAAACUGUUCAAUGCGACAAGAGAUAUCUGCAAAUACACUGAACAAGGAGAUACGCAGGCUAUUAAUGAUACAGCUCUCGAUUUCGCUGAAGCAUCAGGAAAGCUGACCUACGUUUUCAAACCUAAAUCACCUUCAAGGAACAACAACAUAACGAAGUUAACAACCGAAACUUGUAAUAAAGCUUCGAAGUUGCUGACAGAUGUUCACGAGUUGGGGAAGAACUUGGAAGGAGAAGAUGGAACUCACCUCGAUGAUUGUGGAGUAAAACUGGUCAAUGCUUCUAAAUCUUUGCUGACAACUGCACAGAUAUUGGAGCCGUCAUUAAGCAAUCCUAUUUGCAAGAAUUCCUUAUUAUCUGCAAUAGACGAUGUUUCUUCACUGUCCGAGGAAUUAAAGGCAGCCUGGUCACCGGCGAAGCGUCAACCACAACACAAGACUGCUGUGGAUAGUCUUGAAAAGGAGAAUAAUGAAUUAAAAUUGGCAUUAGAUAAUUUACGAUCUAUUUGUAAAGAUUUUAAAGAUGAAGAUAUAGGACUGCCAGAAGAUAUACAAGUACGCAAGAGAAGGGAUGUAGAAGCAAAAAGAACUGCACCAAAUGCAGAUUUAGUUAAAAUGAAUCGAUUGUCAAAGGAAAUGUACAAUAUCGCGUCGGACAUGACAGAUGACGUCAGCACCCUGGCGGCCGGCCUGCCGGGGGAAGAGGGGGAGCGUCUGGUGCGGUGCGGGGAGGGGCUGGUGGACGCGGUACAACACAUGUACUCCGUUGUAGCUGAAGAAGUGCAAGCUCCUAAAGGUAGAAAGACCACAGACAAUGCUCUAGUAGCCAUCGCGGGAGUUAGUGCUGCGUCUUGUGAACUAGCCGACGCUUACAGUCCAAUGAAACAAGACCCUGAAUACAAGGACGUCGUCGAACAAUUAGAGGCCAAGAAAAAUAAGUUGGAAACUGCUUUAGAUGAUUUGCGAGAUACUUAUGGACAAUAUGUUGUGACGGCUGCCCAGGCGGCGGCGCGAGAUUCCGACGAAUUGACCGAGAAAUGGUUAACAUCACAAACUUUAAGAUCGAAUGCUGUUUAUGAAGAUGUUGAUGGACCUUUACAGUCAGAAGAGCAGAGAUUGAAAUUCAUAUCCACAUUAUCAGAUGCCAAAAAACAAAUACUUGAAGCUAAGAAUGAAUUGGAGAAGCCUUCAGCACCAGCUCCAGUGUCUUCAAGUCCUGACCACCAGCGCCGACUGGCGCAGCGACUGGCUCACCUGAACGCAGCUAUCGCCUCAUUGAUACAUUCCACUGAUCCUUCAAAUUCAGAUUACAAAAAAGCGGAUGAAGCUGUGAAAAUUAUAAAUGAAUGCCUGCCACAGAUUAUUCAAGAUUCAAAGACCUUACCACUAGAUGGAGCUGCCAGGAAUGAUAUGUUGGACUCAUUGAAGACUCUUUGUGAAGCAACUAGAGAUGUUUAUCUUGAAUCAGAGCUGGGACAAGCUAAAAAUGCCUACGAACCAAUAACCAAGCUGGUUGACGCGUCCAGCAAACUCUGUUACGUUUACAAUCCUAGAGCUAACAUAAAGAGAGAAAAUCUGAUAGUGGAGCUAUCGAAGGCGGUGUGCGACAAGGCGGCAGUGCUGCUGUCGCAGGUGUGCCAGGUGGCUGCGGGCGCUGCGGGCGCUGCGGGGCGGGGCGGGGCGCUGCUGGACGCGCGCGGGGCGCGGGUGGUGGACGCCGCGCAGCUGCUGCUCACUGUCGCACAGCUUACUGCUUCAUCUAUAGACGAUCCGACCUGUCAAGCAACACUACUGAAAUCAGCCGACGAAGUCUCUACCCUGGCCGACAAAGUAGAAGACACGUGGACCUCCUUGCUGCAGGAUCCCCAGCAACAGGAAGUUAAAGACCAACUGGGCCACAAGAAGAAGGAACUGUUGAACGCUAUUAACGAGUUGAGAGCAGCUUGUAAAGAUGCAACGGAUACAACACUGAAGCCGCUGAAGCCAGCUGUACCUAAACGAAUAUCUACAUUAGACCAAACAGAAGAUAAGAAACAAUUUGCCAAAUCAAUUGAUGAAGCGAUCAAUAACAUUGAAGAUACCGAAGAAGAAAUCAGAAAGAUACGUGACAUAGAGAGUGUGUCGCUGCUGUCGGAGGGCGCGGCUGCGGCGGCGGAGCGCUUGGAGAGGAAGCUGGUGCUGGCGAAUGUGGCUGCCUCACAUCUUGUUAUAUGCAAUGAUCCAGAGAAUAUUAACUACAAAGGGGCGUCCAAAUCAGCAAAUAACUUAGCUGAACUAAUUCCAACGAUUGUUAUAGAUACAAGAGAUCUCUACAACAGUCCACAACUGCAAGGAAAACCGAUCGUCGACGAUAGUCUAGCUCUGUGCGAAGCGACUAAAACGUUAUGUAGAACUGCUAAAGAUAAUAAUGAGAAAUUAAACGAAGCCGCAGUUGACUUCGCGAAUAAAUCUGCUAAAGUUCUAUACGGCAUCGGCUCUCAAGUGGACCCUGAACAAGAGAGACAGGUGCUCAGUCGAGCGAAAGUGAUAGGAGACUGCGCGUCGCGGCUGGCCACGUGCGGCGCCGCAGCAGCGCAGCGGGCCAGCGCGCGCGCCGCCGGCCUCGCCCGCUGCGGCACGCGCUGCGCCGACGCCGCCAGCAAACUGCUCUACGUCACUAAGCUUGUAGCACCGUUGAUCCAACAUCCAGAAAGCCAGAGCAUCCUCCUCACGGCCGCAGACCAGCUGUCCUCAAAAGUCAAGCAAUACUCCUCAAUAUGGAAACCUCUGUCUUCGCAACCUGAACAAACUUCCAUAAAAGAUUUAGAAGUUGAAUCUAAGAGUUUGGAGAAACUAUUGGAUGGUUUAAAACAUGAUAUUAAGAAUGAAACAUUGGUUAGAAGAAGGAAAGAAACUACGCUGAAGAUUGAGAAUUCACCAAUGAGACAACUAGCUUCAGACAUUUUGUAUAAUUAUAAGUCAUACAUGGAGUGUUCCGACCUGCCGAUGGAGGAGCGCCGACGGUACGCACAAGACGCCGACAAACUAACUGCAGCUAUCAAAGAACUGGAUGCCGCUAAUUCAUAUUCUAAACAAUCUCCUGAAGAUAUAAACAAGCUUCGUAGACUGGAGAACGCUACACAAGAUCUACAGCGCAUGAUACUGCAAAGCCGACGUGGAGGGGGUGGGCAGAGUAACGUCGUUGAUGUUAUGGAUUAUGUCAAAGAUGUUGCGGCUAAUAUAGAAACUGUAUCUAAAACGGCUCAGGAAACAAAUGGAGAAUAUGGCAGAAAAGAACUUCAGAUGAUUAAAGAAGAAUGCAAUAAGAUGUCAGCACUAGCAAAUGAAACGAUGAGUCCGUCUGAGACUCAGGAGAAUGAUGGUUUUACUGACGACAUGCUGCGUAUUGAUGGCUUUGCUUCGGUUUGCGAGAAGACCAUGCACCCAAUGAAUGAUGCAGCAAGAAACAUCGAUGAUAUUAAAUCAAGGAGAGCUUUACAAAUCAAAAUGCAAAGCCUCACUGAUAGCAUUAACAUGUUGCGGUUUGCAGUGAAGGGUGCAUUAGCGACAGCUGACAGCGCGGCGUUAGACGAAAGCCUUCACGACCUCACGGAGCUGGAAAACAGGAUAGACAGUAUGCUGAAGCCUAAUUCUGGUGUAAAAAUUCCUCAUCACGAUAAUCAGAGGGACAGUGCAGCUCUGUCCGCGCUGUGCUGCGUAGCGGCGUGCCCGCACGGCGCGGCGGACCAGCUGGCGCCGGCGCUGGCCGCCUACGUCACAGACCUGCGCAUGCGCACUCACAUCAACAGCCCUAAGGAGAAGCGCAGGUUGGAAGAACAUCUAAGGAAAUUACUUCUAUUGCUACGAACUCUAAUGAUAGCUACGAGUAGACGUUACGCCACUUGGCAGGAACAUAAUACUGCUGAUGACAUGAUCAUCACUGACCAAAUUAUACAGGAGCUCGAAGAUUUUGCGUCUAACGGAAAGGCCAAUGAAGAACAAAAUAAAGUUGUAGAUAAUGUGGAUGUAAGACGACUCCUGCUGCCAUCUGGUGACAUUCAUCUACAAGGAGAUAAAAAUGAUCUCAAAAAGAAGUUCCAUCAGACAGUAUUAAAAAUGGACUCUAUGAUGGGGACAGUAACGUCCAAUAUACAGAAACCACAAAACCUGUCUCGUACUCUGCACACGGUCACUGACGUCGCGAUAGAAUUAGAUUCUUUAGCACAUGCAUUAAAGAAUGUUGAGAAUCGUGUCCAAUGUCACAGGAUAGAGGAAUCUGCGAAAGAUAUGCGUUUUGCUAUUUUUAAAUUAUUAAAAGUCGCAGAACAAGUUAGUAAGGAACCGGACUCUAUGUACACAAGAAGGCGACUUUCAGAUGCUAUACGUUCUUUGAACAAAUCAAUAAAUAAAUUGAGCUGCGUGACGGAUGGUGAGGUGAGGCAGGAGUUGUCCAGCAGUGUGGUGCUGGCGUGCGCGCAGGCCAGCAGCGCGCGCCGCUACCCGCACUGUCUGCAGGCGGUGCUGGACCAUGCUGAUGUCAUAUAUAAAUUGAAGAAUGACGAGGUUAUGAGUCGAGAAGAAGGUUAUUCAACACUACAAUAUAUAACAACAUCUGUGUGUAAUAUAUCUGAACACGCGGCGCAAUGCGCUUAUCUUAUAUCAAUAUCGGAUAAAUACAAAGACGUGGCGAAGGAAGGGCUCCCAGAUAUAAUAAAGAUGCAGGAAGUAUCCGAGUCCAUGCAGGAUAACUGCAUCAGAAUUAUAUGCUCCGGAAACAUAAACCAGGUUAAGCAUUUACAAUCGGAAUUAAAUGAAAACGGACGACAACUUCAAGCUGUAAUUAUCGAGUCUAAGAACAAAGUUAUCGAUUCAUCUGAUGAAAAAGACCUAACAAAUGCCGCGGCAGAAAUAAAUACAGCGACUAAAGAGUUCGAUAAAAUUUUAGAGAAUCCUAAUACGAGUAUGACACAAAUAAGUACUUCAACACUGAAGAUCUUAGACGCCAUAGCUGUUCUAAACGCUGUCAUCAAGAGACCUACUAUCCUACCAAAAGCUACCAACCUGUCAGAAGAAACAUCAUCAGCGUUUAAUGAUGUCGUGAAGAAUUCUAGUGAACUGGUAAACAAGACAGUAUCCCUGGUGAAUACCAUCAACAGUAAAGGCGGCGUCACUUGCUGGAAGACUUACGACAGUUACCGUACUGAACUGCUCCGGGCAUUUGACGCUCUUCUCAACAGCAUUCGGGAGAAUGGUCGUCGUGCGGGAUUGUUAGAAUCAACCCAAGCACCAGAAGAGGAGGAAACAGACGUCCAAAAGAAGAGCCAUAUAGAAACUCAAAUGGAUUCAGCAAAGAAAUGGCUGAAGGCAGAAAAUUCCAGUGAAGAUGUCAGAUCUCAUGGAAUACAAGGAAUUAUAAAUAUGGUCAACAUCGCUAAACAGAUGGCAGAAGAUUUGAAAGAUGUUGAUAAAGAAGAAAUGAGUCAAACUAUAGACGAAGUGGAGAAACUAUCGAUGGAAUGUUCAUUCAAGUAUAAUAAAGAAAAAUCAAGUCUUCUGUGGGAGCGUUUGCAGGAGUUAAAGAAGAUGUUGGAUCGCUUCGUUGUGACGCGAGUUGUGGAAGACUUCUUAGAAGACGGAACUGCAUUGGAUGAUAUUGAACUGCUGGUGGACGUUGAGAAAGAUGAGGCGAAGAGAAAGUAUCUGCUGGAGCUGAAGAUCGCGGAGCUGCUGGCGCAGAUGAGCAGGAUGACGAGGACAGCUCGGCUGGCGGCGGACGCUGGCCCUCCGCACGUCGGCGCAGACCUCGCGCACUGCAGCCAACAGGUGGAACUGUUAGCUCCGACAUUGGUUAAAGCUACGCAGGAAAGAAUUAAUACACCUCAACAACAGGCCGUUACAGAAAAGUACAAAGCGUUAAUGGCGGAGUACGCGGAAUCAUUGUCCAAGGUUCGAAUACUUUGCGACCGCUCUGUUGACCCGGUGGACUUUGUGCAAGCUGCUGGAGAGACGAUGCAGCGCAUGCGCGAGCAGUCGGCCGCGCAGGACGACCCGCUCAAGUCUGCCCACACCUCCAACGUCAUCACCAAGUUAGGUUGGCGCGUGCUGGAGGCGGGGCUGCACUCGCGGCACGCGGCGCACGACGCCGAGCUGCGCCGGGCGCUGGCGCAAGCGCAGCGCCGCCUGCUGGCUUGCACGCCUGGCGCUGGCGCGCGCGCAAGCCAGCAGCGCGACUGGCGACACGUCACCGCUGAGAUAUUAAGUACUACGAACGAGGUGGAGUCUGCUCUGAGCGGUGAAAAUAUCUUCCAAAAACAACCGGAUCCAAAUCAACCUAUUUUUGCGGCGGCGCUGGACCUGCACGCGGCGGUGCGCGGGUGGUCGGCGCGCGACAACGCGGUGGUGGCGGUGGCCAAGCGCAUGGCCGUGCUCAUGGCGCGCCUCGCAGACUACAUGCAACACGACAAAAAGCCGGAAGUUCUCGCGACUUCAAAGGCUACAGUGAAGGCUUCCAUUGAAGUAACGAAACUCGCCAGGAAACUAGCGCUGGAGUGCUCCGAUCUUAGGAUUAGAACUAACCUGGUGCAGGUCUGCGACAGGAUCCCCACCAUCAGCGGCCAGCUCAAGAUGCUGACGACUGUCAAAGGAGCCUCUUUAGGACAACAAGAUAAUCAAGAAGACAAGGAAGCGAUCAACAUGUUAGUUGGUAACGCGCAGAAUUUGAUGCUGAGUGUACAAGAGGUAGUGUCUGCGGCGGCGAGCGCUUCUGUCAAGAUAAUGUCCCAGCGUGGUCCGCGCUUACGCUGGGUUCGCAAGAACUGCUACCAUAAUUAUUAAUUCCAAAGAAAUUAGUAUUAUUCAUAAAGUGUUAUGUAUUUUUCUAUAACUUUUUCAUAUAAACAUAUAAUCUGAAAUA